AUGUGUUAUUUAGUAUGCGGAGGCGGACGCAGCGGUUGCCACGGCGGGUGCAACGACUGGGGCUGUUCCGUCCCGAACCCUUGCCUGUGCUGCAGUCAAUGCCUCGUCAGUUUGCUGUGCAAGUGGCUUUGCACCAUAAUCAUGAUUCUAGGCCUUGGUUUUGGACUAGUUGUUCUAUACGAUAUUAUAGAUCCUGACGGAACCCUUUUUAAAUUUGGCGAAAAUCGAACGUCGCACGACGAAAUACGACAAAGGGUGCACGACAAGCCUCAACUCGGAAAGAUUCCAAUUGAAGAAGAGUUACUGUUACCCAAUGUUACUGUUUCCACCGAAAUUCUUAAAUAUUGGCGAAGACCUCCAACACCAGUGUUUUAA